GUAAAAGAUUAAAAGCUGAGGUAAUCUUGAAUUCGAGCGACACUUGAGUGCCUUCGUCAUGUAUUGGAUACGCAGCUUUGACUGUUACCAUAAUGUUAGAUUGGCCCUUGGAAGUUUUGCUGCUACUUUGCUGGAUUGUGAUGGAAGCAUUAGCAGGAACUAGUUGACUGGGGCAAAUCAGGGAGUUUUCAUACGUACAUGGAAACCUACGUUCCACAUACAGAGGAUUUUCAAAAUAGCUGCAUGGGUUGAGUUUGGACUUUAAAGGACUCUGUGUCCAGUUUAAGUUCCUCAAACUGAAAAUGACCUAAUACAGCAGCAGCAGCAGCUUUCAUUUACACGGAUGUCUACUUUUUUCCCAAGCCUGAUUAGUUUCCCCAUACGUGUAUUGCAUUUUCACCACCUCCUUUGUCCAGGGGGGAAGUCCAGGGUUGUAAAACCAGGUUAUUUCCUCCAGAAGAUUGCUGACCCCACCACAUGUGCUUCUCACAGGGACAUCAUCACAUGACUUCUGGCUUUGAAAUUUUUUGUACACAUCCAUUCUCAUUUAGACACCUGCAGAAUAUCAGCUGGUACUGAUUUUUGAGUGUACUAGGUACUGGAAUUGGAGUUUCAUAACACUGAUCAAUUUUAGCAUAUUUUCUCAACACUGAGCAUUUUCAUGGAAAGGAAAGUUUGUAGUAAUUUUAAAAUUAUCUUUUCUUUCAAAAAUUAGUGUGGUUUUAUUAGGUACCUACAUUCAAGAGAUUUGAAUCAUUCUCAGGGCUGAGAACAUCCUUUCCAUGUACUUUAUCAAAUACAUCAUGAAGAAUUUGAUUAAUGAAAACGAUUCCUUGAAAUUAUUUAGAAUUAAAAAAUCCAAAAUUAACCCUUUCUGAAUUGUUUCCUGUCCCUGUUGAGGAAAAAGGAACAUGAAAUUUUUUGCAGAAUUAUACUUUUAAAUACUAGUGAACAAGAGUAAAACAUUUUAAACUGUGAGCAUUGUGUAAUAAGGUAGUUUUUUCUCAGUCAAAUGGCUUGAAGAGUGGGUAUUGCACCUGUUCUCUCAGAGUGUUACACGACAUUUUUACUUUUCUUCAUCCUUUUUUUUUUUUCCUCUUUUGUUGCAGUUCGUCAGAAUGAAGUGUAUUUUUUAAGGGCAAAUAACUUUAUAGAUGUGCGGUAAAAUACAGCUGUAUGAGGACUCUCUCCACAUCACCAAGGGUGCAGAAGCAGCUGAAGUGUAACUCCCGAACCAGCCGUGGCACUGCAGGACUAGGGAUGGGGAAGUGUGCUCGAGCACAUGCCCAGGGAAGUUAGCACAAAGUUUCCCAAUCACUUAAUCCUGCCUCUGCACUCCACUCCCGUAGUAGGACGGAUUAGGCUGUAGUCGAAUGCUGGACAAAUCCAGGAUGAUAUUUUUGUUCAGAUUUGCAGUGGAUAGUAAAACGUGCCAGAUUUCCUCUGGGUUUAUGCGAGACAGCCUGUAAAAAUUUAACCCGUCAAAAAUACUUAAUAGAUUGGGAUUGCAGAAUGAGGUUGUGCUGGAGCAGCAUGAUCCACGCCGGCAAAACCCUCUGCUUGGGGGCUUCUGUGUCCUCGGCAACAGCAGUGAAACGCUGUCAGGCACACAAGGACAAAAAAAAAUUAGUACUCCCCCUAGCUUCUGCAUUUGCUUCUCUGGAAAACGUGAUUAAGUCAGCAUUCCUGAGAACGGUGAAGUACUUUUCGACCUUUGAGUUCAGAAAUGGUGCGCGAUGGCACUGUCCCCACAGGCUGAUUAAAGCUCACAGGGUCUUCAGAGAAAAUGACGGGCAGCCCCCAUACACCCGCAGGUCUAACUUUCUUUUACUGUAUACAACCUUCGGUUCCUCUCUUCCCAUGCUUAUCCACUUCAGUUGGAUGAAAGGUGAGGAGGAAGAGGAGGAGGUGCUCUUUCACCUGGAGGCAGUUCAGCAGCCAUCAAGGAAGGCUGCUUUGGCGGGGGUGGUCCUUUGCUAGGCUUUGGGGGGAGAAGCCCGUCUGGGUAAUAGGAGCCGCUGCUCAAGUGCCACCUGCUCCGCUCGCCUCUUCUGACUGUGUUUUGAGGGAACACGUGAGCGAAUUUUCUCAGAAGCAAAGGAAGAAUGAAGUCAACAAAGGAAUCUCAUGAUCAUGUUCUUUUGGAUAUUCCUGUCUCUAGAGAGCAGAUGAAUCACUAUCGAGUUGCAGCUGAAACUGCUCAAAGUGAACUUGCAGCACUUUCAGUGAAGUAUGACUGUGCCCAGUCAGAGCUUCUUAAAUUCAGGUCGAGCAUCAUCUCUAAAGAAGCUUCUUUUCAAGAGCUGAAGGCUGAAGCUGAAAGUUAUAAGGAAAACAAUGCUAGACUGAUGUCUCGCCUCCUGUCUUUGCAAACAAGAAUCCAGGAGAUGGAGGAAGAGCUGUGUGUGCUUGCCGCUUGUAAAAACCAGGCUGAGCUGACAGCUCAGAUGGCAUAUAAGGAAAAUUUGGAGCUGAAGGAUGAGCUUCAUGAGAAAAGUACCGAACUUAAUAAAUAUUUGAAUGAGUGUGAGGAAGACAUGACUCAAGCUUCUAAAAUCAGCAAAAACUAUGAAGAGCUCCUUACACAUCUUUCUGGAUUCUUGGACAUAGACAUCAGAGAAAAAGAGAAACCACAGGAACAUUUAACAUCAAAGGUCUCUGAAAUAUGUAAAGAAAAUGUGACACUAAAAGACCAAGUUGCUGCUCUUCAAGAAGCUGUGAAUGUCCAUGAGAUGGAGUCUAAAGCUAACAGAGAAACUAUCAUGAGACUAGUUUCAGAAGUGGCCAAGGAGCAGAAAAAGGCAGCAGGAUACUACCAAGACAUGGAAAAACUUAGUAAGGAUCUUGACAGUGCUGUAAUAAAGGGACAGAGUUUAGAGUUGGAGAUCAGAAACCUCCAAGAGAAACUGACAGUUAACCAGAAAGCUUUGGACACCUCAAAGCAGGAACUGCACAAUCUGAAGAAAUCUUCCAGGGAGUUAGAUGCAAGCUUGAAGAGUAGCAGAGAACAGGCCAGGACUGCUCAGGACUCUUUAGAAGCUUUUAAAGAAGAAAUUGCUACCCUGCUCAGCUGUGGAUCUGAAAUAGUUAAACCUUCUGAGAAGACCAUUUUGGAGAGGAUCCAAGAAAUAAAUUGCAAAGAGGAGAAUAAAGAAAUAAUGGUAUCUCAGCUUGAAUCACAAUUAGCUAAAUUGACUAAAGCUUUGGAAAAUCAGACCAGAUUGUACCAUGAAGCCCUGGAGAGGAGCAGGAAAGCUGAAAAAUGUUCUGAGAAUUUCCACAAUCAAGUGAAGCACUUGGAAGAAGAAUUAUUAACUGGAGACCUGAUGCAAGAUGGUUUGAAGCUUGAGAAACAAAAAUAUCUUAAAUUUCUGGAGCAACUUAAUGAGAAGAUGAAGCUGGAUAGUCUAUCAGCAGAGGUUGGAUUUGAUAUGACUAUGGAUGUGAUUCUGGCCCGGGUAGAGCAGUUGGUGAAACUGGAAGGUGAUGCGGUGGUUGAGAACAAGACUGUGGCAUACAGCCUCCAACGGAAGUUGAAGGCUCAGAAAGAAAAACUUGAAAGCAGAGAGCUGCACGUGAACCUUCUGUGGCAGAAAAUAACCCAGCUGGAAGAAGAGAAGCAAGUAAGGGCUGCCUUAGCUGUGGAAAGGGAUGAGGCCAAUCUCACUGUCAGAAAGUUGCAUAAGAUGAUAGAGAGGCUACAGAAGCAGCUUGAUCUGGCAAGGGAAACAAAUACGGAUCUCAAAGCCAAGCUGUCUGAAACCAGUGAGCUUAAGAUCAAAACUCUGGAGCAGAACAAAACAAUAGAGGAACUCAGUAAGUCUCAAGGCAAAUUGGAAAGAAUGAAAGAAAAAGCUGAGAAACAACUCAGGUCUGCCAAAUCAGAACUUCUUUUAAAGGAGCGUAAAGCUACUGAAGAUAAAGAAAAAAACAAAAAUAUGUUAGAAGCAGUUACCAGUGAGGUGAAGGUGCUUAAAACAACCCUUGCAGAACUAGCACAAAGAGAGAGACAGCUGGCAGAUUUCCGAGAGGUGGUCUCGCGGAUGCUGGGCCUCGACACUGCCAGCCUGGCUCUUCCUGACUAUGAAAUCAUUACACGCCUUGAUGGGCUGAUUCACUCCCAUCAGCACCACUUCUUCCCCUGUGUCUGCCUCAAAAACGUGGCAAGGACCCCAGAGGAACAGCAAAGGAACAUCCAGCUUCUUCACUGAACGGAGACGGAACAAAGUGUAGAAAAUAGAAAUUUUCUAUUUGCUUCCUUGCCUGCUGGACCUCCACAGAAAACAUCUCUGUUUCUGUUCCCUACUCUAGAGACAACAACUAGGGCUGAUUUUUAGAAGUUCAACAGAGAGACUGAUAGGAAUGGGUAGAGUAAAUCCAGCAGCCUGGAGAUGGCAAACAGAAAAUCCCUGGGCAGCUUAAUACUUCAAUUAUGAAAAUGAUGGGAAACACAUCAAUGAUGCCCUCGAGUUUCAGUGCAGAGGCAUUGAAGUCAUGGGUCACCAAGGUCAGUUCACAGUUUUGAGAAGUUACUGGAUGUCUGCUUCAGUGGCAUUCCUUGUGUUUUACCUCUAGUUGAAGUAGGGCUCAAGUAGGGGCUGUCCUGCUGCUGUUCUUUUUGCCACCUGGGAACAUAUCUGCAUUUUUGCACUUAAGGGCUUUAGACAAUUGUCUGCAAGUUAGAGGAUUAUCUCAAUUUUGGAACAAGAGUUUUUUUUUCUUCUGUUGGUUUCUUUUGUCUGCUUGUAUGGCAAAACAAAAAAUUACAUUUUUGCAGCAAAGGCUCUCUCACAGGGUCCCAUCACAUGCCUCAUAUAGAUAUAUUUGGUAAAAUUGAGUGUUGGCCUUGGUCAUGAUAUCUUGAAAAUUUUGCUUCCAGCUGCUGUAUUCCUUGGGCAAUUAAUCCACAGUGGCAAUUCUUCUGAGUUAAUGAAAAACUAUUUUAGAAUUCUUGUUCACUACAGAAAAUAGUUGAACUACUUAAGUGUUUAUUUUCAGAGAAGUGAUGAUGAUGAGGUGUACAAAACUACCUCUUAGUCAUAAAAACUGUUUUCUGAGUGUUGUUAAACUUAAUGAUUUUUUAAAAAGAAAUAUGGACAAUAAAUCUGUUUUAAUAGCACAUUCAAACUUCAUUAUGUGGUUUUAGUUUUCUCUUCCCAUUAUAAGUUUUGUAUGGUUGUGUAGAACAGUAAAGACAACUUACAUAAUUGUGUCUGACCAUUUGUGGGCUUUCUACAGUAUCUCAGCAAACGAUGACCCACCCAGUAAAACUGAACACACUAUUUUAAGAAGAAUUACACUUUUUCAAGUAAGAGUGGUAAUUUCGAUAUCUGGCUGGGGACUCAAAACAUGUUUUUAUUUCAUUUGCUUCUGAAGAAUUGUUUCUCAGUGACUUGCUGUAAAAUAAAAAAAUAAACAAUUAAGCUUUUUUGCACUCAAGCAUUUUACAAAUGACUGUAAAAUCAGUCACUUGAGAAGACAGAAAUAUUUCUUGCAUAAAUUCUUACACUCCUCUGGCUAACUGGAUUAAAAUCAACUUAAUUUUUUGUUUUAUAAUGUAACAUUGUUUUGGGGAGGAUGAUUUCAAACUGAAAGAGAGCUGGUUGAGAUUAGAUAUCGAUAGAAAAAAAAUUCUUUCUUGUGUGGGUAGUGAGGCACAGGUUGCACAGAGAAGUUGUGGAUGCUCCAUCCCUGGAAGUGUUCAAGGCUGGAUGAAAUGUAAUUUUUAGGCAUGAUAUGUUGAUUGGGGAUUUAGAGGGUAGAGAAGGAUGCAAUAAUUUUCAAUAAUUUUCUAAUUCUUUGUGAGAUAAUACAAGUAGUUUCACUUUGUAUUUUGUUUGUUCUAUAGACACUUUGAUUUAUUACUAAAGAACAAAACCCAUCUUCUUCAUCCACAUUUUAUAAAUAUAAUAUGAAACAUGAUUUACCACAUUUUUAAAGUUAAGUAAAUUGCAUUACAAAUUUAGGUCCACUCAACCCAGACAAUGCAUUCAUAACAUUAAAAAGUAGUCUCUGAGAGUGGCAAUUAUAAAGUAAGUUUGCAUUGUGAAAUGAUUUCCUGAUGUCUGCCAGAAGACUUGAAGUCUCCUGUCAGGCUCAUUAGCCCUGUCCCCUGCCACCCUGUGAUCAGCCCUGGCACCAGCAGUGAAGUUCCAGCCCCACAGAAGCCACCAGCAUGGUUUUCUAAAUUAUUUAAAAGGAGGCAGAUUUUCACAUGAAGUUCACAGCAAUGCUUGAUUAGUGGCUUGCAUAUUAAGCCAGAAGAAAGAAUAAAAGUUUUCUAAUGCCUUUUUUUUUUUCUUUUUUUAGCACAGUAGAUCUGCUGUAGUACAUUUUCUGAAGUACUAAUAAUCACCGUGUUCACAAAGGAUUAUGACGAUUAUGACCUGAGAACUAAUACUCCCUGUAUUUGCUUUACUUUUGAAAGAGUACUGCCAUAUUUUUCCAUUUAGCCAAAGCAAAUAAAUAAAUAAGAAGCAAUUUGUUUUGAACAAAGUUCAGGUGAUUUUUAUACAAUUUAACUAAGCUUAUAUAAUUUAAGUAAGCCCUGAAAAAACUGAUUCUCAAUUUUUUUUAAGGCUUGUUUCAUACAGCAUUGAAAUAAAUCUUUCUUCUGGGAGAAAAAGUUGAAGAGGCUUAUGAAUGCUUUCAACAUUUGUUUCAAAUGUUUUCUUUUUUAAACCAAGAUGUGUUCAACACAAGACAGGCAUUGCAAGUGUAUAUCCAGGUUGUGUCAGCAGACACCCUUCUUCCCCUGUGUUAUUUUCACUAGGUUUGUCUAUAUUAAUAAAAGGUGUGCAAUUAAGAGUUUGCUAUCUGUUCAUAAUAACUCUUUUAUUGUGGUAAAUGAUUCUUGAUCAGAAUACAUACUAAAAUAAUGUAAAUAAUGUAAAGAAGUGCUGUGUGUUAACUCACAGAACAGUACAGCUACAGAACUCCUUUUUUUCUCUCCAAAUAACAGCUGAACCAGCUCCACUGAAGGUAACUUUGCUAAAUGGUAAGGUAAAACUCAACAAAUUAAAAUGUUGCAAUUGUAGAUAUUAAAGUGAAAUCACAUACAUGUUAUAAACACUGUAGUGAUAAAACCACAAAGAGAUAGAAAAAUGAGUGUUAGUGUUAAGAGUUUAUUGAAGUACGUGGAAUGGAAUUUUUGCCUGUGAAUCGUAUUAUUGAUAAUACACUAUUUGCAACACAGCAGAACCAAGCAUCAGAAUAUUAAUGUAGUAGAACCAG